GUCGCUGGCAGUCAGGGAGGGAGGAGUCUGAGUUUGAGACCGCGCCAGUUCAGCUGUCGAGCUGUGCUUACACAGAGGGCGCGCUGUGAGAAGGAGAAACAGGAGAAACUUCUGACAAUGGAGGACAUGUUGUUAUGGGUAUUAGCUGUUUUGCUGGUGCUCUUCUGCAGCGUGGAUGUUUGGUACUAUCUGCGAAUUGUUGCUUUGCUUAUCCGGGCCUGGUGGCUCUCUCCUGUGUUUGAUGUGACGGGAGAGCAGACUUUGGGGGGCCGCGUCCUCCUCCAUGACAUUGACCUGUGCCACAUGAACAACGCCCGCUACCUGCGCGAGUGUGACUUUGCCCGCAUCUCCCUGUAUGCCCGCAAUGGGGUAUUCAAGACGAUGAGGACUCUGGGGGCCACUAUGGUAGUCGCAGCGACCACGAUACGCUACAGACGGCCACUGUGCAUUGGUGAAGCGUUCGAGUUACGGAGCCGGAUCGUCACGUGGGACGAGAAGGCGUUCUAUGUGGAGCAGCGCUUCGUGUCCUGUAAAGACGGCAUGGUAGCAGCCAUUAUGUUCUGCAAACAGAGCGUACUGCGGAGCAGCCCUGACAAAAUCCUACAGCACCUCUGCCAGAGAAAAGUUGAAGUACCUGAGUUUCCUGAAGAACUGCAGCACUGGAUCAACUUUAUGAGCGCCAGCAGUCAGGCUCUCAAGGCCGAGAGCGGAGUGGAGGAGAAGAAGAGCGAGUGAAGACAGAAAUGAACCUGCUCUCUUUAUGAGGCAGUAACGUACAUGUUUACAUGACACAUACUCGGGGAGUCGCACACAAAAUGCAUCAGUACUCACACUGCCUGGGAUGUGCAUUGCAAAUGGAAACUUGUGUGGGGUUUACAUUAAUUACAUCACGUAGUCGGAACAACAGUGUUUAGAAAGUGAUCUUGCGUGCUGUAGCUCAUUAUACUGAUAGUAACGCUACCUAGACAUCUACACCACAAACACUAUUACAAUGCAAUGUGCAUUUCAUCCUAAUUUCAGAAUAAUGCUAAUUAAUGCAAUGUUUCACUCUGUCUUCAGUGUAUGCACAAUAUUUGCAUCCCUUUUAAUGCAUAUAUUAUUUUUUUGUUAGAGUUUUGCUAUUAAACUGACAUCAGGCAGUUUCGAAAACUGGAGUGCAAAGGAUAAAAGAAAUAAAAAAAGUUUGAAGUUUGACACUUGCACUUUCACUCACUAUUUCCGAUCAUGAAAAAUUGAUGUUCACUAUGUUGGGAAUUGGCCAGUAAAACAAUACAGUGAUUUCAGACAGUUCAUUCCAAGACACUCUAUAUAGCAGCACUGUGAAAGAAAAGUCACUUAAAAUAAACCCAGAGCUCAACAUAAAAGCUCCACCAGAGGGGUUGUGACAGCAAAAUUUAAUCAGAAAAGUGUGGAAUCCUUAUUAAGAAUAGCCAUUGUAAUUAUUUUUUUUACUUAAUUUUUAAUUGAAUUUACUUUAUGAAAAGACAGGAUUUUUCUUCUGUGGACGAGUUGAAGUUGUAAACACUUUAAUGAGUUUUAAACACUCAAAUAUUUUUUUUUUAUUAUUAUUAUUUUUUUAACAAGCAUUAGCCAAUGACCAUACAAUUUUGAAAAUGCUCAUUAGAUUGUAAAAGUAUGUUCAGAAUAAAUCAGUUUAUUAAAAUAUUUGAUGCAUCUUAUUUAAGUAGUUAC